UGUAUGUUUGUACACAAAUGUCAUAAGCUGAGUGAAGGUAUGGUCCAUGGUUUUUGACAUGUUCGUACACAUACAGAAUAAAAUGAUGCCAUUUUAUUUUUAUUGGCCAUCAUUGAAUUAUAACACCAAAAGUGAAUUUUGUUUUUGUGUGAUCUCUCCAGCUUUGCAAGGUGUGAUUCUGUCCAUUGUGACUGUGUAUGUAAGGAAGAAUCAUUUCUUCUUCGCAUUUUUGAGAACGCACAUCAGGAUGGCCUCCGUAUCACUGCCACACAGGAAGAACCUCUCCGCGCAACAGGCUUUGGCCUUGCUUCAGGAAAUGGACUCUGAUGGAGGAGUGAUUUCAUUUGUCCAGCAGGCCACUGAUACCUCCUCAAAAGAAUCCGAAAAGGAGACGGAACAAGAAUCCGACAUGCCUCCACGGAAGAUGCACCGUGGUGCUGGGAAGCCCUGUCUGAGCCAGACGGCAAAAGACGGCACUGUGUGGGUAGAGGAGGACAUUGGAAUGUCCAAUGUAGUAGCAAAUCACUCGUGCUUUACUGCGCAAGCUGGACCCACAGAGUCUGCUAAGCGUAAAAUUACAAGCGUGCUUCAAAGCUUCCUUUGCCUGUUAGACAUGGAAAUACUGCAGACCAUCAGGGAGUGCACAGUCCAUCAAGCCCGCAGAACAGAGCCGAACUGGAAUUUGGCAGUUCAGGAACUGAUGGCAUUCAUUUCAAUUCUGUUUGUAAGAGCAAUCAUGUGUCCCGUUGGUGCCAUUGUGGAUUGCUGGUCAGAAAGCUUUCUGGUGCCAGUAAUCAAAGAUAUAAUGUACCGAGAUAGAUUCAUUUCAAUUAUGCAACACCUUCGAUUUGAUUACGAGGACAUGCGGGCAGAACGGGUGAAAACAGACAAAUUUGCUGCGAUCUCCGACAUCUGGACACGCUUUAUCAAGAACUGUGUUGAGAGUUUCACUCCAGGUGAACACAUGACCAUAGAUGAACAGCUGUUCCCUACCAAGGUUCGUUGUCCAUUCACACAGUAUAUCGCAACCAAGCCAGACAAAUUUGGGAUCAAGUUCUGGUUGGCCACGGAUUUGGAGACCAAAUAUGUCUGCAAUGCAUCUCCUUACUUGGGAAAGGACCCCAGUCGUCAGAAGGGAGAGAGGCUGGCAGAGAACGUGGUCAUGAAUCUGAUGGAGCCAUUUUUGGAUAAUGGCAGAAAUGUCACGACGGACAAUUUCUUUACUUCAAUGUCACUGUCGCACAGACUGCUGCAGCGCAAAACAACACUACUGGGCACGGUGAAUAAAGCCCGGCGUGAACUUCCUCAACUUGCAAAAGACACUGCACAGCGAGAGUUAUUCUCCACUUCAGUGCUUAAAAGUGGCAGUGUCUGCUUGACAAUUUAUUCACCUAAAAAAAACAAGACUGUGUGUGUUCUAAGUUCCAUGCACCAAGACGUGACGAUCGGUGACAGCAGAAAGAGGAAACCCAACAUGAUAACAGACUAUAACCACAUGAAGUGUGGUGUAGACGUGUUGGACCAAAUGGCACGGAUGUAUUCCGUAAGAGCAGCAACACGCAGGUGGCCAGUAGCGUUUUUUUAUAAUAUGCUGGACCUGGCGGCGGUGAAUGCCUACAUUUUGUACAAGGCAUGUACAGGGUGGACAGGCAAAAGAAGAUUGUUUCUGAGUCUUCUAGCUAAGGAACUUCGUUGCCGGUUCAUGAAGCACAAGGAAAAAUUGGCACAGAGGCAGGCUGCUAAAGCUGCUGCAGCUGCUGCAGCUGCUGUGCCAGGGACUGUACAGACAACGCAGUGCCAGGUGCAAGAGAGCUGCAACAGGAAUCGCAGCAGAUUUACCUGUGCAACAUGUCAGAAAUACACCUGUGCCAAAUGCAGGGACGAUAGACACUGGGUUUGCAAACGCUGUAAAGUUUAAAACACUUUAAAA